AUGUCUGCGGGUCCAGCGGGGGGCACGCAGAGGACUGGUACGGUGAAGGGGAAGAUGUGGGGGGGCCUGAGGCAGCAGUGGAAGCUACUGGGCCUGUUUGAGAUUGACCAGCAGCACGAGUUCUACAGCCUCACCUCUAUGAUGAAGGAAGGCCUCUCUGCAGCCGUGCAGAACACCAUCGACAACCCACCACCGGACUUCAGAAUGGAGACGUUUGCAGGGCCAGUGUUUGCCAGCUUGCGUCGCUCCCUGGGGAUGACAGAAAAGGAGUAUCAGCACUCUCUCUCCGACGAAGGUUCCUACCUGCAGUUCAUCAGCAACUCCAAAAGCAAGGCCGACUUCUUUCUCACGAACGAUAAGCGGUUCUUUCUGAAGACCCAGAACAAGAGAGAGGUGCAAUUCCUCCUGUCCAACCUAAGAAUCUACAUGGAGCACCUAGAGAAGUAUCCUCAUUCACUGCUGGUCAAGUUCUUAGGUGUCCACAGGAUCAAAAUCCCGCAUAGGAGGAAGAAGUACUUUAUUGUAAUGCAGAGUGUUUUUUACCCUGACGAUCGAAUCCAUGCCAGGUAUGACAUCAAGGGUUGUGAGGUGAGCCGGUGGACAGACCCAGCCCCAGAGGGAAGUCAGGUUAUCGUUGUCCUCAAGGACUUGAACUUCGAGGGCCAGUACAUCACUCUGGACCAGCAUCGUCCAUGGCUGCUCCGGCAGGUGGAGAUUGACACGUCGUUCUUGCAGAGACUCAAUGUGCUGGACUACAGCCUCCUGGUGGCUCAUCAGCCCCUGCACCAGGAUGAACGCCACCAGUGCCUGUCCUUCGCCACCCUUAUCAUGCGCACUAAAAAGUGGGUGGCCAUGUUGGCUCUAAUAACUCUGGGUUCCCCCUCUCCGCUUUUACCUCUCAGGUCAGUGAUCACAUGCUCAAGCCCCACCCAUGCGGGCAUGCCCACAGUUCCGGGGGCGGUCCCAGAGGAAGAUUCCGCCCUGUUGGUAUCAGAGAUGGACGGCGGGACAGGAAGUUGCAGAGUUACUGAGUCACAGGUAGGAAGUGACCUGGGCAGUGCCCCUUCCGGGAGACCCUGUACUGAGCAGCCGGUGGGAACGGUCACGGAUUCGAUGGAACUGCGAGACUUCCAGGCCCAGAACCGCCGGCUGCUGCCCAACUUCAGAAACCCGCUGCACGUCAUUGACGGUCCGGAGCAUCGCUACUUUGUGGGCAUCAUCGACAUCUUCACUGUCUACAGCUUCAAGAAGAGGUUAGAGUAUUGGUGGAAGAGACUGCGGCACCCAGGGCAGGCCUUCUCCACCGUCAGCCCCCCCGCUUACUGCCAUAGGCUCUGCCAGUGGGUACAGGACCACACCAGGUAGACUCAGAAAGAGGAGAGGAUGAGGAUGAGGAUGGUUACUCUCACUAGCACACUGUCUGCCCAGGGACACACAUGCACGCAAAUACACACACACUAGCAACUGUGACGCUGUUCAGAGACAUAAAGCUAUUCUUUUAAAGCGCUGUAAUUUCAG